AUGACUGACUCGACGCCGCAACCGGCGAAUAUUCUUCGUGGACACAAAGCUCAGAUCCACGCUAUUAGCUUCAUUCGCGACAAUGACCGUCUUAUCACAGGAGAUGCAGACGGAUUUAUAGUAACGUGGAGUUUAGCUAUUAUGCGCCCUGUCGCAGUGUGGAAGGCUCACGAGAGUGCUAUUCUUUCCAUUCAAGGCUGGGGUCCAGAUAAGCUCAUCACUCAUGGACGCGACCAUAAACUCAUUGUUUGGAAGUUGGAUGAAAAGAGUUAA